UCCCGCCGCCGCGGGGCCGUUGAGAGCCCGUGUUUCCGGAGGGAAGAGGCGGAGAUGGAGGUCUGUGUGUUUUGAUGAAACAAAGCGGAUUAAAAUCAGCAGAAACUUCACGAGCUGCAGCCCGAGUCCGCGUACAAUCAAACCCGGGGGAGAGCCACUCCAGCGGCGGGGCGCCGAGCUCCACCCGAGCCGGAGAUGAAGCUGCUGAAGCCGAGCUGGGUCUCCCACAAUGGAAAGGCGAUAUUUUCAGUCGACAUCCAUCCGGAUGGAACCAAGUUCGCCACCGGAGGCCAAGGUGAGGACUCGGGGAAAGUGGUUAUCUGGAACAUGGCUCCGGUUCUCAGAGAUGAGGAUGAGAAGAACGAGAACAUUCCCAAACUGCUUUGCCAGAUGGACAAUCACUUAGCAUGUGUGAACUGCGUGCGCUGGUCUAAUAACGGACUGUGUUUGGCCUCGGGUGGAGAUGACAAACUGGUCAUGGUGUGGAAGAAAGCAGCGUUCAUCGGUCCCAGCACAGUGUUUGGAUCGAGCAGUAAGCUUGCUAACGUGGAACAGUGGAGGUGUGUGACCAUCCUGAGAAGCCACACAGGAGAUGUCAUGGAUGUAGCCUGGUCUCCUCAUGAUCUGUGGUUGGCCUCCUGCAGUGUGGAUAACACUAUCGUCAUCUGGAACGCUCGCAAGUUCCCAGAGAUUGUGACGACUCUGAAAGGUCACACCGGUCUGGUGAAGGGGUUAACGUGGGAUCCUGUAGGGAAGUACAUCGCCUCCCAGGCUGAUGACCACAGUCUGAAGGUGUGGAGGACCAUGGACUGGCAGAUGGACACCAACAUCACCAAGCCCUUCAAUGAGUGCGGUGGUACCACUCAUGUUCUUCGACUCAGCUGGUCUCCUGAUGGUCAGUACUUGGUUUCUGCUCAUGCCAUGAACAACUCCGGGCCGACGGCUCAGAUCAUCGAGAGGGACGGCUGGAAGACCAACAUGGAUUUCGUGGGUCAUCGUAAGGCCGUCACUGUAGUGAAAUUCAACCCAAAGAUUUUUAAGAAGAAGCAGCGGAACGGCAGCGCCCCCAAACCCAGCUGCCCGUACUGCUGCUGCGCCGUGGGCAGCAAGGACCGCUCUCUGUCCGUCUGGCUCACUUCACUGAAGCGCCCUCUAGUGGUCAUUCAUGAUUUGUUUGAUAAAUCCAUCAUGGAUAUUACUUGGACUCUGAAUGGUCUGGGAAUGCUGGUUUGUUCCAUGGAUGGAACGGUGGCAUUCCUGGACUUUUCCCAGGAUGAGCUGGGAGAUCCUUUAAAUGAGGAGGAAAAGAACGCCAUUCACCAGAACAUUUACGGGAAGAGCCUGGCCGUCACUAUGGACACGCAGCUCUCCUCCACCAUCAUCGAGAACCCGGAGAUGCUGAAGUAUCAGCAGGAGCGACGGGCGGCUCCAACCUCCAGCGGUGCUCAGGGAGCCAGCCUGGAGAACCAAACGCCUAAACUGACCAACGUGGUGAACGGAGAGUCUCUGGAGGACAUCCGCAAGAAUCUGUUGAAGAAGCAGGUGGAGACCAGGACAGCAGACGGCCGGAGGAGGAUCACACCACUCUGCAUCGCACAGCUAGAUACUGGGGAUUUCUCUCCUGCACUGUUUAACAGCGUGCCCAUCCUGCCCGGCUCCUCGGUCGCCCCUCAGCUCACCCCCCAGCUCUCUUCUGAUUCGAACACAGCAAACUCUCUCUGCCUGAAAGCCAAUCAGGAGCCUGCAGCAUCCCCCACGAAAACCACAGACGACAAGGACAGUGGUACUCCGGCCGUAAACUCAGCUAGUCUGAAAUCCAACCUGCUGCUGACCACUGCUUCAAAGAUUGAGCCAAUGAAAGCCCUGGAUUCACGGUUCACAGAAAGGUCGAAGCCCACGCCUGGAGUCACCAGUUCCCCCGCCGCUGCCGCCGCCAUGCCGGUUUCCACAGUCGACAGGGUGAAGGACACCAGCGUCCUGAAGGACUGGAAGAUGAAGGAGGAGACGAGCAGCGACAGUGAGGAUAAGGUGCAGAAGGUGCCCCCUCUGGUCAAACGCAAGCCUGAAAUGGAGGGAGCGGAGGUGGUGGAGAAGAGGAAAAAGGGACGACCCAGGAAAGACGCUAAACUGAUGAUGGCUGUACCUCAGGCCUUCCCACAGACUCCAGUCUCAGUGGAGAAGGAAACUGUGAGGGUCUCGGCUCCAGCAGUGACAUUAAAACUUCCUACACCUGCAGUACAGAAAUCUUUCAGCUCACAGGUGGGUACGGACUCUGUGUUGUACCUAGAGGUGGAGAACGAGGUGUCGGUUGUAGCUGGAGCUCGGCUCAGUCAGCUCAAGUGUAGCAGAGACGGGAGAGAGUGGGAUGCGGUGCUGCCUAGUCGCAUCGCCGUGGUGACGGGGAGCAGUGACGUGGUUGCCGUGGCGUGUGAGGACCGGACGCUGUCGAUAUACUCAUCCUGUGGGCGGAGACUUCUCCCGUCAAUCAUGCUGCCCACCCCCAUAUCAGCACUACACUGCUCCGGCUUUUUUGUGAUGGCACUAACGGCAUCAGCCACGCUGUCUGUCUGGAAUGUUCAGAAACUGACGGCUGUGGUGAAGAACGAAUCACUAAACUCCAUCUUAUUAGGUUCUGAUGCUACAGUCAGUAGCUCUAUGUUGACGGAUCAGGGGGUUCCUGUGGUCGGUCUCUCCAAUGGGAAAUCCUUCUGCUUCAGCUCCUCUAUGGAGACAUGGAAUCUGAUAGCGGAUAAGCAGGAUGCUCUGGUUCAGUGUGCCGACUUCAGGAACUGUGUUUCGGCUCAGGACGCUCUGGGCUCUGUCGGACCCCUGGCCACGACUCAGGGGCGGAGUCUGAGUGCGGGCCGGCUGGCGUCCCGUCUGUCCUCCACUCCCCACCACCUACAGCAGGGCAUGACCCUCGCCUUCCUGGAACAGCAGCUCUCCUCCGCUCUCGUCCUGCGCUCGUCCUCCGAGUACCGCCACUGGCUGCUCAUCUACACCCGCUUUAUAGUUAAUGAAGGUUAUGAACAUCGUUUACGGGAGUUGUGUAAGGAUUUACUGGGACCAGUACACAAAUCCAGCACCAGCUCUUGGGAACCGACAGUAUUGGGUCUGAGGAAGAGGGAUGUGUUGGCUGAGGUCUUGCCUGUGAUUGGUCAGAAUUUGCGUUUUCAGAGGCUCUUCACGGAGUACCAGGAUCAGCUGGAGCUGCUCCGCCUCAAAUAGCACUUCACCCCUGUCUGUGAAGCCCCUCCCCCCGUGUCAGACCCUCGUCCCGGUCGCACUAACAGCCUUAGUCCUCCAUACGCAGAGACAGUAAAAACUCCCACAAUCCUCUCUGAGGAGCCAGACUCUGUCUGUGUAACAGACCAUAGAAAUAUACUGACGAAAAACACACUGAUGUAUUAAGGUUGAAUGAAUUUGGUUAUUAUUAAUAUUAAUAAUAAUAAUAACAGUAAUUAUGUUGAUGAUGAUGAGUUAUGAGUGAAUCGCUGGAAUCUCCUGGUGUUGAUUCAGAGAACAGAACCUCUCUCGCUAUGAAGCUUUCUGUGAACACCUGUAUGAAUACUGAAUCACUGGAGUCGACACUGAAUCAUAUUGAAUCGGUAUGAAUGAAGCUUGAUAACUGAAAGCAAUAUUGAAUCAUACUCGAAUCAGCGGAACCAAAACUGGGCUGAAUCAGUAACACUGAUAUUGAUUCAGCAAAUCUGAUACUGGAUCAUAUUGAAUCAGUAUGAAUGAUGCUUGAUCAAUGAAAGCAGUACUGAAUCAUCCUGAAUCCGUAUGAAUCGUUUUAACAUAGAUGGCGAUACUGAAGCACACUGAUUCAGUGGAGCCAAAAAUGAAUUAGUGGAGCCAACAUCAAAUAAUGUUGAAUCAAUAUGAAUGAUACUCAGCCAAUGAAGGCAAUACUGAAUAAUAUUGAUUCAUUGUCCCUGGUAUUAAAUCACUGAAAGCAUCAUUGAAUCACAGUAAAUCAGUGAAGCCAAAACUGAAUCAUUUAACACGAAUAUUGGUUCAGCAAAGCUAAUACUGAUUCACAUUUAAUGUUCAUCUGAAUGAUGAAUCAUUGACACUAAUAUUGAGUUGUUGGAGGCAAUACCAAACCAUUCUGAAUCAAUAUGCACAAGACUCAGUGAAGCCAAAAGUGAAUCAUCAAUAUUGGUUCAGCAAAGCUGAUACUGCAUCACAUUGAAUGUUAUCUAAUAAGUGAUGCUUAAUAACUCUUGAGGGUUCAGAAGAUCUAGAGCUGAAUAAGUGAAGGUAAUACUAAAGUGAAUCACUUGGUCUGAAUCAAUCUUGAUUCUGUGAAGUCAAUAUUGAUUUAGUUUGAUCCAGUACCUGUAUGAAAAUUACUCAGCCGAUGAAGGCAAUACUGAAUCAAACUGAGAAUUCAUUGAUACUGAUUCCUUGAUUCAGUUUGAUUCAGUACCUGAUUCAGUGUCUCUUUCUAUCAUGAAAUUAGUGGAGUCAACACUGAAUAGGCAGUUCUGAAUAGUGAACCAGUGGAUUAGACCCAGAGUUAGUAUGAAUUGAUACUGAUUCACUGAUUCAGUAGGAUCCAGAGCUAAAUUAGUGAAGGUGAUACCGCAUCACUUAAUACCAAUCUCGAUUCUGUGAAAUCGAUAUGGACUCUGUUUGAUCCAGUAAUUGUAUGAAAAUUGUUCAGCCGAUGAAGGCAAUACUGAAUCAGUGUGAUUUAUAAUUAGCCGAUGAAGACAAUACUUAAUCAUACUGAAUUAAUAAGAAUCAUACUCAGCUGAUGAAGGCAAUACUGAAUCAAUAUGAAUCAUAGUCGAUAAAGGCAAUACUGAAUCAAAUUGAGUCAAUAUGAAUCAUAUUCAGCUGCUGAAGGCAAUACUAAAUCAAUAUAAAUCAUACUCAGCCAAUAAAGGCAAUACAGAAUCAAUUUAAAUCAAUAUGAAUCAGACUCAGCCAAUGAAGGCAAUACUGAAUCAUACUGAAUCAAUAUGAAUCGUACUCAGCCGAUAAAGACAAUAAUGAGUCAUACUGAUUCAGUGGCCCAGCUAUUAAGUUAGUUUGAAUAGACACUGAUUCAUUGGUUCAUUUUGAUCCAGUCCCUGAUUCAGUGUCUCUUUCUAUUAUGAAAUUAGUAGACAACUGAAUAGAGAGCCAGUGCAUAAGACACUGAAUUACUAUGAAUUGAUUCUGAUUCAGUAGGAUUCAGUGGAUCUAGACCUGAAUUGGUGAAGGCAAUACUUAACUGAAUCACUUCUAACGUUAUGGAUUCAGUUUAAUCUAAAACUCAGCCGAUGAAGGCAAUAAUGAAUCAUACUGAUUCAGUGGCCCCAAAAUUUCAUUAGUAUGAAAAGACACUGAUUCAUUGAUUUGUUGAUUUAGUUUGAUCCAAUAACAGAUUCAGAUGAUAAUAGGCAGUACUGAAUUGAUACUGAUUCACUGAUUCAGUUUGAUUCAGUGGAUCUAGAUAUGAAUUGGUGAAGGCGAUACUGAACUGAACUGAUUCACUUUUACCAACUUGAUUCUGUGAAGCCGAUAUUGACUCAACUGAUUCAGCACCUGAUUCAGUAUCACACACACACACACUCAUCAUGUUUUUGGAUCAGAACCAAGCCAGACACGGCAGCCAUUUUCCAGCUGGAGUGGACAUUUUGCAGUUGUCGUUAGUCCAGAUAAAGCGAGGGAUGAGUCUGUGAGGGGGCGGGGUUUGUGAGGAGGGGGAGGCGGAGUCAUGGUGGGAUUAAAUACCUGCCUCCUCUGCUGCCCCCUGCUGGUGGGAAGCCUGUGGGUUGUUUGUGUUUGUAAAUGUUUGUACACAUUUUGCCCUUUUUCUAGAAAAUGACAUGAAAGAAAAAAAAUAAAGAACUGAGACUGA